GAUGUCAGAUUAGCUCUCGAAGUACAGAAACAAACAAACGAAAGCACAAAAAUCCAAACUACUACUUCUCGAAGCAGCUUAGUCUAGCUUCGCUGGGUUGCUGUUGCUGCCACCGAGUUGCUGAAGACUUUUGAGCGAUGAGAACCCUACCGAGUUCAACCUCCAUGAUCAUCUUUGACAAGUUGGUUGUUCCACCCAAAGAGUGUCUUCUUCUUAGGCCCGACACUUGUUCCCUGCUGCGGUCGCAGAAAGUUGUCAAUUUUGGGUUAUUGCAUUUGAUAUCUGUGCGCCACAAGGCCGCACACCCGGUGGUCACUUCUCUCUCCUCGAAAACCCAGGCAGACUUGGAAACUGCAGAAACUCAGAGUCAAGAAACUUGUCAAUCAAAGACUGUUCAUGUAAGAUUUCAGUUACAGAAACGGUGUAUAUUUGGUGAGCAAUUUCUCGUAGUAGGGGAUGAUCCAAUGUUCGGCCUAUGGGACCCUGCAAGUGCGAUUCCAUUGAAUUGGUCAGAUGGUCAUAUGUGGACUGUUGAGCUGGAUAUACCUGCUGGAAAAGCAGUCAAGUUCAAGUUUGUACUAAAAGAAAUCACUGGGAAUAUCGUGUGGCAACCUGGUCCUGAUCGAAUUUUUCAGACAUGGGAAACUGAGAAUAUGAUCACUGUUUGUGAGGACUGGGACAAUGCUGAGUUUCAGAAGAUAAUAGAGGAAGAGCAAUUAGCUGACCCAAAUGAACACUCAAUGGUUGACUCGGAAAUGAUGAUUGCUUCUGAGAACUUCAGUCAUCCAAAAGAGGAAGUGGGAUCUCAUGUGAACCAGGGAUCUGCCAUUGCAUACAGUGAUACAGCUCCAGCUCAAAAACCAAUUAUAGAACCACACAAGGAAAAAAUCAUUGCCGAUAACAUUACUCUUCCACAAGAGAAGCCCAAAGCUAUUGUUGCAGAUAAUAUAAGCUACUCAAAUGAGAACCCCAAAGUGAGUGCUAGUAGCAAAAUGUUCGGUGCAAUAGUUAGUGACCCAAAAGAGGAAUCUACAGCUAUCCCAAACGAGGUUGCAAUAAUAGCAGAGGAGCUUCUUGGAAAUAAUGGCAGAGUUUUGACAGUCGAAAACCCGGGAAGCACACACAUUGAAGGAAACCUGAUUAAUCAUGGAGGCCCUGAUCUGGUUCCUGGUUUGACUCCAUUGUCAAAAGUGCCAAAUGAAGAAGCAAGCACAGAUGAAAGUGAGAAAACAAUUACAUUUGAUGCCUCUGUUGGGGCCGAUGAAGCUAAGGAUGAUAUUGUGCCAGAGUUAGUGGAGAAGCAAGAACCAUAUGCUGAAGCACCUCAACGAGCACCUUCCAAAAUUUUUGAUGAUGAGGAAGAAAAGCUCGAGACAGAAUUUGAACAAAAGCUUCAUUUACCAAAAAGAGAAGAGCAGUCUUACUCAGAGCAAAUCAACAAUGAUGUAUUGCAAAAUGACAUGCAAUGGGGUCGCAAAACACUGCAGAAGUUUCUAAUUAAUUUAGGAUUACUUUAGGAUCAACUUAAAAGAACUUCCUUCUGAAAGCAAUUCAAGCUUAUGACUGUGCUGCUUCAUAGUGACCCAAUAUUCAGGCUAGAAGAAUGAGGCAUUAUUGGUUGUUGAUGUUGUUGUUGUAUGUACAAAUGAGCUUUGUUUCCUCAGCAUGAUAUUGGUUGUAGACUAUUGUAAGAGUGUGCUCUGGUUUUGUAUUUCUUCUACGGUUAGGUUGGUUUUAUUCA